CUCCUGAAUUAACCAUCCGUCAAAGGUUGAGCUUCAUUAAUUGUGGCUCAUGCCUGAGAUCCUGAACGACAUUUCCCAUGAUCCCUCCCGUCGGAACCGGAAAUACAAAGCGGAAGCAUGCGAAGAGUGAGCCGACAGGCCUGCGAGGAUGGUCCACUGCUGGAGGAGCAGGAGACGGAGGGUCAGCGGCAGCUGCACAGCCUCCUGCUGCAGCAGCUUCACACUGAUGUUGACAUCGAGCGAUGUGUGGCCAAAAAGCAGUGCUUCGCCCCGGCGGCACUCUAUCGGCCGUUUGGCGAUCAGGCGGCUGGCGUGAGGAGCUUGUCCCAGUUCCAGGCCCUGCAGGACGGGGAGAAGGAGCUGGCCAGCCUGCGGGAGCUGGGCCUCACUGAGGCAGAGAUCCAGCUGUGGCGGAGCAGAGACGCACCAGAGGCUGGGGAAAAGUCGCAUGGUGUGUGCGCAGCUCCGGCAGCGAAGCAGCAGCGCCUGCAGGUGAUCAGAGACAAGAUUGACGCCAGAGACGAACUCCUGUCCCGCCCCCAGCGCUUUGCCGCCAGCCAGCCGCUGUCACGUCGGGAGAUGGAGAUCGAACGAGCGCUGUUCCAGGGGAACGACCGCCUGGGUUUCCUCACCGCGCUUUACCAUCGAGAUGAGGAUAAUCAGAGCAGCCAGCAGGGGGCAGCGUCCUCCAACCCGUUGGACAAUCUGUACAGAGACGUUCUCGGUGAGGAGAGACUUCAAACGUCACGACAGGAAGAAACACCUGAAACAUCAUCAUCAUCAUUACGUACGUCAACACACAGGACUGAGGACACGACAGAGUGGCAGUCAGCCCCGAGUGACACGGACACGUCACAGCCGGCCGCUCCAACCAAAGUAGAGAUAAAUCAGCCAAUCGGCAGCCUGCGCGGAGCAGCGAGGGCGGGGUCAGAGGAGCCGUUCACGCUCAGAGGGGAGAUCGAGACGAUCACUGACGAGGAAAUCCGGCAAAAUCGCGAUUCUGACGACGCGAUACGGAACAUCCCAAGGUUCCGGAAUUACCAGGCAGGGAAACCCUCCAAGGUGCUGUGCGUGAAGAACCUGAGUGCGCAGGCCUCAGUGGCCCAGCUGGUGGCGCUUUUCUCCAGGUUUGAGCCGGUGAACGGGCCCCCAGUCGUUUACCGUCUGCUGACCGGACGACUGAAGGGUCAGGCCUUCGUCACUCUGCCCGAUACAGAAACGGCCCAGAAUGCCUUGUGGUUGAUCCACGGAUACCGGUUGCUAGGGAAACCUCUGGUGGUAGAGUUUGGCCGUGAGCGACAGGAAGUGGAGAAAGUGAAGGAGACAAAAUAAAUGCACAAAACAAACAAAAACGACAUGUUUCAUCAUGAAAAACAACGUGGAUCAUGGAUGUGAUUUUUAGGUUAUUUAUUUUUUUAUGAAU